AUGACAACACAAAUCAAGCCGAUAUUCAAACUUUCACGUUUUCAAAAAUAUAUUAAAAAUAAUGAAAAUAUUAAUGAAAAAAUUGUUUUAAUUAUUACUGAUCGUCAACUACUUGAAAAAUUUCACGAUGAAAUGAAGAUAAUAGCCAUUUAUGUAUAUUCGGAUACUGAAACAGAAGAAGAAUCCGAAGCACAAGCCUUCUAUUGGUAUUCAACGGAGAUAUUUCUUUAUUCAAUUUUAAACGAAGCACUUCGUAAUCAAGAUAUUGAUGCUUUAUUUGCAAUGUAUUAUUUUAUUUUUGAUUUAACUCACCAAUUAGUAGAGCAACAUCGUAAAUUUCUACACGAAUCAAAUACAAAAAAACUAACUUUGUAUCGUGGUCAAAAAAUGUUUAUGAAUGAAUUCGAACUGCUAUGCAAUAGUCAAGAUCAAUUUAUAUCUUUCAAUAGUUUUCUAUCAACAUCGGAUGAUAAAGAAGUUGCGCUGGUUUUUGCUGAUAUCCCUUCUACGACGACAUCGAAACCGAUUCUUUUUGAGAUUAUAAUUGAUACAAAUAUGAAAACAGUACCUUUCUCCAAGAUAAAAGAUCAAAGUAAUUUUCAUGACGAAGCUGACACUAUUAUCAAUGUGGGUGCAAUAUUUCGAAUUGAUCAAGUUAAAUGUAACGAAAACGAAGAGAUAUCGACUGUCAGACUAUUAUUGUGUAGUGAAGAUGAUUAUGAAUUAAAUUCGAUACUGCAAUAUGAAGAAGAUAAAAUACAACUAGCUGACUUUGAUGCACUUGGAUGGGUAUUUUACAAACAAGGUCUUCAUGACAGAGAAAAAUUAUUUUUCGAAAAUCUUUUAGAAGAACUAUUAAAAUUGAAAGGUAGUCUUCAUGAUAUCACAAACUGUUAUCGUGGUCUGGGAUUUGUCCUUCAUGAAAAAGAAGAGUACGAUGAAGCAUUAAAAAAUCAUAAAGAAGAACUGAAAAUUCGUCUGCAAAUGGAUCCCACCAGUACUCAUAUUAAUAUUGCAACAAACUAUAUGGCCAUUGCCAAUGUCUAUCAAUGGAAGAAAAAAUAUAAAAUGGCAUUUAAAUAUAUAGUACAAGCAUACAAAAUCGUGCCAUCAAAUCGAGAAGAGUUGUCACAACUCUAUACAAUAGUGGCAGAUGUUUAUCAAGGCAACAAUCAAUUUGAGUUAGCGGGAAAAUAUUAUCAAAAGGCGCUUAAUUCAGCCUUAGUUCAUUAUCCUGAAAAUUAUUUUGAAAUUGCAGUCAUAUAUAGAAAUGUUGGAGCUUUAUAUAGUAAACUCGGUGGAAAUACUGAAGCACUAGAUUGUUAUUCAAAAGCUCGAGAGAUUUUGCUUAAAUCAUCUUUAAAAAAUCACAAAAUAUUUGUAGAAUUGGAAGAAGCAAUGGAGGCAAGAGCCAAAGCAAUUGACGACAAGUGA